GACAGACACAGAGGCAGGCUUACAUACUCCAUUUAUUUAUACUAUGUGGACAAAAGUGUGCGGACACCCACCAGUUUUGGGAGUUUUUUUUUAAUACAGUUUUACACCCAAAGUUCACAAAACUGAUUCAACAUAUUGUUACAUUUGUAAACUUGGGAAACAAGUGCCAUAUUUGUAGUUGAUUGGUUAUUGUGAAAAAGUACACUACAGGCCAAAAGUUUGGAAGCAGCUUCAAUUUUCUGUUCACAAAUGGCUUUCUUAAAAAACAGUAUGGAUUCUUUGGAUUUUUAGAUGUGUUUACUGCAUGAUCAGACUUUACCUUUACUGAUUUUUUUGCUAAUCUUUAUUGACCAUUUUCCUUAGUUUACCUUUAGGGAUACAUCGAUGUUACCAGACCAUUGCUGAAUAAAUGUUAACAAAAGAAAAGAAGGGCUUAGUUUUAGGGUUGAGAAGAUUAGGAAGAUUCAUAACUUCAGAGCAAAAGUUAAAAAAUAAAUCACAGUUUGCAUUAUUCACUUCAGCUCUUUGGCUUUUGAGAGUUUGGAUGCAAAAAUCCCAAUAAAUCUCAACUGUGUUCAUAUCUCCGACAAACUACCACAUCAAUGGCUAGAAUGAAGCAGCUGGGUAAAGAAACAAGAGUUCAGAUUUAUACAUUAAGGAAAGAAGGAUACACAAAGUCUAAGUAAUAAAAACCCAAAAGCCUGAUAAUAAUAGUAAAAAUGUGUUCUAAUAAGCGACUCUUUAUAUAAUAAUCACGUUUAUUUUGUUGCAAAGUAUAGCAAUGAAACUAUGAUCUUUUUUUGUACAUUUUUGCUUCCAAACUUUUGGCCUGUAGUGUAUAUGACUUCACACAUUCUAAACACAUUGAAAAUGACUUAAACACAUUAGAAAUGUUUUAGAAAUGUAAUGAGCUGUUUCCCCACAGCUCUUUAUUUAUAUUUUGAAACGAGACUAUGAACCCUUAUAGGGAGAAAGUUUGGGGAUUUUUUGGACACUGUGUUGCUCUAUAAAAAUCUAGUCAAAGCUAAUGGCCGCGUUUCCCAGAUUCGCUCUUAGCGCUUAAGAAGCUCUUAAGCGCUAAGAGCGUCUUAGGGACGCUCUUAAGAGCGCUGUGAAAGAAGGAAGUGUUUCCCAGAGUCGUUCUUAGCUUAAGAAGAUCUUUCACUAAGAAGGAAGUCUAAGAUCGCCCUGACCCACUCUUAACAGCCUUCUUAGCGACCAAACGCUCAGUGCAGCCGCAUCAGGGAAAGUUAUAUCGGACACAAAGGAAUACUAAAACCCUGCGUAAUGAUGAAUGUGCGCUCAUAACUGCAGAACACUGACGCAAGAAAAAUAAUAGCAUAAGAAGAAAAAUAACGAUAUAAAAAUAAAGAAUUGCCCAUGUGUUCCUGUAGCUACAUAAAUAAAAUAAAUCAUUACUAUCACUCCUUACGUUUUCACACACAUUCGGCAUCUGCAUAUGAGUUUACAGUAGCUAUAAAAACAUCAACAACCCUGUGGUAUUUCACAGAUAUGAGGGAAACUGACAGGUGUAAUUGAACUCAGCUGGAACCUCAUCAAGAGGGUCUCCACCUGCAAGUCUAUAUAAAGGCGUUGCCGAAGUCCACGCGUGUGAGACACCAUGGCUGCAAUACAGCAUAUUCUCGCUGCGAACCAACAGCGUCGCCGUGCGCGAAGCCAGACGGUUUAUAUAAAUGCUUAUGUGCGUCAGCACUUCUCCCCACUCGACGUGCUGUCGGACCGGGCUGUCCAGUCCAAUGUGGCAGCCGUGACACCGAUCCUCCUGCGCCAUGCCCGGAGACACAUCAGGAUGCCCACCACGCGGAACGAGGUCCACCGUGGAUUUCACGCCAUGGCUGGGAUCCCCCGGGUGAUUGGUGUCGUGGAUGGCACACUGAUCCCAAUCCACAAUCCCUCCCUGAUGGAUCCGUGCUGGAUUGGGAGGAAACAUUACGCUGCCAUCAACACUCAGGUGGUGGUGGACCACGAUGGCCUCAUCACCGACAUCGUUGCCAGGUGGCCAGGAGGCACACACGACAGCUUCGUGUGGGCCAACUCAGCUGUGGGGCAGAAGGCUGGCAGAGGAGAGUUCGGCAGGAGCAUCUUCCUCGGAGACAGUGGCUACCCUCUCCGGAGUUACCUCGUGACACCGGUAACCAACCCAGCAACACCACAGGAGGAGAGGUUCAAUGAGGCCCACACACACACCAGGACCCACAUUGAACGGGUGUUUGGCAGGUGGAAGUCCCGUUACCGAUGUGUCCAUCGUUCGUCAGGGGGACUGCGCUUGUCACCUGUGAAAUGUUGCCGCGUGAUUGUUGUCACCGCCAUGCUGCACAACAUAGCAGUGCGCGUUGGAGCAGAUGAGCUGCCUCCUGUGGAUGACGAUGGGGAAACAUCGGAAGACGACGCCCUCAACCCCCGCGAAGCCCGAGCAAUACUCCACCAAGCUGGUGUCCAGACUAGAGAGGAGCUUGUGAAUCUCUUUUGAAG